GGAGCAUGAGAACCGAAAAAACCGCAGGUCGAACGUACUACUGUUUUUCGACAUGAAAACGGAGAUAUGAUAUUCAUUGGUCUUUUUAUUUGCAAGGAACGUGGAGAGCCAAAGCCUACGCAUUUCAGUCAAAAUACUUUUACGUAUUGCCCUAUUGCUAUCGAAGAACAAUUCACCCGUAGAAAGUAAGCAGGAUGUCAUUAAAUGCAUCAUCACUCGUGGACUCGAAUCGCCCUCGAGUGACUAACAUGUGUCACGUGAAUCAAUUUUCAUUGUGAAACAGGGAUAGUUGAAAGAACUAGAAUGUCGGAGCAGUAGAAGUACAACAAGCGCAUCGGAGCACCUCAUAAACGCACGAGAUUUAUUCCAUAAUUAAAAGAGAAACACAUUGGUCGCAACUGGUGGCGUGUAGUACUUCUAAGGUAUUAGAAGGAGCUCGGAGGGCACGAGCAGCGGCCCGAACAGCGGAUAGUGGAUAGUUUGUACUUCUUUCAGUCGAUACUAGGUGACUUCUCGUGGUGUUCGCCGACGUGCCGGCGACGUUUCUUUCCAAGAACGAGAGCAUUUUUUAUAGCUCUGUGAUAUUUUAUUCUUUUUAUCUCGGUCGCUGGUCUUACCAAAAUUAAAAUAAGAAGGUGACUGCUCAACAACGAGGAGCCACGGUUUUUUCAGUUUUUUUGCGCAUAUAAGUUCGCGUUUCGCUUCUGUACUAGCUAGUGCGCACAGAAAAUUCCUAUGGAAGCAUUGACACGCGCGCCUGGUGGAGCUGGACCACGCGGUGCAGCUCUGAGCAACCACUUGAUGUAGUUCAUCUACGCUGCCGAUUUUUCCUUUUUUUCUCCCGCACGCUAGCAGCAAGCAAAUGUUUUCACUUUUCAGCAGUGAAACAAACGAGCCCUCGCCUGAGCACCCAUCCACGACCAGCACCGACGUUGGAGGUGCAACCGGAGGAGACCUCCAGCUGGCCCGAGGCAAAGCGCAAGAACCCCACGACGGCGCAGACUCCGUGCACCACCAGCCCGCCUUGUUCACAAGACUCCUGACAUUUUUCUUCGACCUUCUUUCCAGCGGCAACCGCGAUUUCACCAUCGUAGUUUCCGAAACGGUUUUUUUCCUCCUUGUCCUCACCUGUUUUCUCGAACUCUUCGGGUUCUUCCCGAAAUCCGGAUUAACCGCUUUCUUGAAAAAAACCAUUCUCGCCUGUUGCGGGGCCAAGCGCGCGGGAGCGCAAAACCAGCUCCGCGCAAACAGCGCCGAUCACAGUUCCCUCACUUCCGACGUGCGAGAGCGGCGACGGUCCAAAGACAAGAGAAAGCAAGAACAUCUUCAAACGGAGCAAGAAAUACCAGCUACUUCUGCCUUAACAGCAUCCCCGCCCUCGAUCCCACCGCUCGUGAUGCACGUAAUUGUAUUACAAUGAAGAAUUCCCCCUCGUCCCCAUAUCAAAAUGGAGAUUUGUGAUGCUGAUUCGUGGUCACAAAUCAUCUUUGUCUUGCCUAUAGGGCAAUAGGAGCCAUGUGGCGCAUUCCAAAGCCAAUCUGUCAUGCGCUUUCGGCUACUGCAAACCUGUUUGCCAUGCGUAAUUGCUAGCCUCCUGCAUACCCAAACAGGCUCAGAAAAUCAAAAUGCCGCCAAGCACUUUCUGCAAGAGAAAUCUGAUUUGUGUACGCAAAUCCCGCUUCAGAAACUUCCUUUUGAUAUGGGGAGGGGAAGAUAUUUUUCCUCACAAUAAAUUGAUUCCAAAGUCGAGGAUGAAACCGGAUUCUACCAGGUCGCGUUGUCUCGGUCCCACAACUAUCAAGUGCAAAAAUGUCUGGGUCUGGAAGAAUGCAUGUUUGUCAUGCUUGUCUGGCAUGACUCUCAAAUCUAUCUGUCAUGCACGUUACCCAAGAGCUCCAUUUUUCUGUGAUGCAGAAACGCAGUUUGUCAUGCAGAAUGGGCAACACCUAGAAGCUCAGAAACUUGUCAUGCUGAGCCAGCACUUGUGGCCUCAUCAUGAGACGCCACCCAGCAUCACAAGUUUGCAGACGCAGACAUUUUUACACUGGAUAACAACAAACGGACGAAGCCACAGAAAACGUCCUCGUCUUCUAUAACCCGCUCAGGUGUUACAAUCUCAAAGGUUAUGGAAAUCUGUGAUGCAAGAGUGCAUGAUCUAGCGAGCUCUUGGAGGUGGAUUGCGCAUCACAAGUUCCGGAGCCCCAAACUCCACUACAAUGUGGCGAAAUUUGUAUUGCAGGAAGUGGAACGCUCUGCGAGUCUGUCAUGCUCAUCAUGCAACACAAGUCUCAGAUUCUACUGUAACGUUUGAGAUUGUAACGUUGGUUUGAGCAAGUCAUAUCUUCUUCGAAAAGAAGAAAAUCUUCGGCGGAGGAGGAACAAAGAAAUCCUGCCGAUCAUUUUAUGCAUUGCAAAACUAUCGUACUAGUAUGAAUUGCAUUACAAAUUUUCCUAAGAACAAAAAUGCAAUUUGUCAUGCUACUUCAGGUAGAAAGUUGGAUUUGUCAUGCAUAUCUGCAAUUAGUACGAGUGCGAUACUUUUGCACAGGAUAGAUAGCGGAACCGCGAAUUCUUCAUCUUCGUCCUCUUCAUCUCAGGAGAUCCUGUAUUCCGUGUGGAAGCGGUACAGCGAGUUCCGCGAGCUGUAUAUUGCAAGGAAAAAUCCCCCCUCCCCAUAUUAAAAACGUAUCUUCUGAAAAUUUGUGAUGCAGAUUUGUGACCUCAAAUCCUGUCUGUCUUGCGAGAAGGCAAAUCCAGGCUCUCUACCACGCUAUGCAGGCGAUUUGUGAUGCUGUAAGGACUACAGGGCAGCCGUCUACCAUGCUAGGCGCCUACAUUAAGAGGCACCUAUCCAGGCUUGCGAGCUGCGUGCAGUCCUCUGCUGCAAGACAAAGCUGAUUAGUGUACGCAAAUCCAGCAACAGAAGUUUCCGCUUCAAUAUGGGGAGGGAGGAUUUUUCACUUUGAUACUGUACGAGCAGCUGGGGCCGCAGAAGUUCCCCGACUUCCCGCAGAAAAAGCUGUUUGCCAGCGGGAAAAUGAAAAUCAUCGAGGAGCGGGAGAUUUGGACUGCAAAAAUGUCUGGGUCUGGAAGUUUGUAAUGCUAAAAAUGAAUGAUAGACGCGCCGCAAUACGCAGGUAUACAUGACAAAUUUUGUGGGUGCAGCCAUGUCUUACGUAUUCCGCAUGGCAAACUGCCUUUUCGCAUGACAGUUAAGACGGCUCUUUCGUACCUAUGCAACACAGAUUCUCGAGUCAUGCCAGACAAGCAUGACAAACUUGCAUUCUUCCAGACCCAGACACUUUUGCAUUUGAUAGGAGAAGCAGCUCGAGAAGUUCCUACAAGCAAUCGACUUUGCGAACUCUUUGGAGUUUCUGAACCCUUGGUUUGGCUUCUACGGAGACUACCAACUGCUCGAAGAAGAUGUGCGAGGUACCAGUCCGGUGAAGAGCAGUAAGAAUAAAAGCAGUAGCAGAACACGAAUAGGAAAACAAGUAGAACCUGCUUUAUCCACUACAACCGGGGAAAAUUAUCCACAAGCGGAGAUCGACGCGGACGAGUUAGAAGAUUCGGACCUGGAGACCGAAUUCUCCAGCUCUCCAAACCGGUUUUCGCCCAAAAAGAUCGCGAAGAAGCACCUACCCGCGGUGGUGAAAGAGCGCCUCAAUCGGUUACAGGCGACCUACCCGCGAUUUUUGCAGAACAAAUCCGACUGGGUGCUGGAAAAAUCGCAGGGGGACAAGAUCCAAAUCUACAGCCAGAAGACGGAGCUAGGCAUCCGGAGGUGGCGGGUGUCGCUGAAGAUCAAGGCGAGCAUUGAUUUGGUGUACGAGUACUUCACGGACGUGGAAAAAAGGAGAAAAUGGGACAAAAAUUUGGACGAAGGGUAAGAAUUUAACUCGAUUGAUUGAUUCUAUACUUAAAGAUUUUUGCAACGAUCUGCCGCGUAACGAGGACAAAAUUUCAGUACGAUUCGUCGGACUGCUGUAUGAGGGAGUAGAUCAUUGAUGUGAUCGUGAUCAUUGUACCAAUUAUGUAUCAGGUCCCGCAUUCUCGGUUUUGUCGAGGAUGACGCGGACACGUACUCCAAUUCUUCUACCACCGCCUCCUCUGUCGCGGCCGUGGCCGCAGGGGCGAAUACGCAAAUCCCAGACGAAAUUUCGAUCAAGGAGGUCAUAACUACCCGCCAAGGCCCGAUCAAAUCGCGGCAAAUUGUCACUGCGAAUUUGACGAGAAAAAGAGGACAACAAGUAGUGGUUGUAGCAGGGGGCUCUACUUCUACUUCGAGCCCCGCUGCAAAGUUGGCCUCGUCGCGACUUGACGGCUCAUCGCCGCCUGUAAAUUCGUCGGAAGAAGAAGACUCGAUCCCCGACGAGUGGACACCGGUGGCGAACCCUAUGACUUGCUCAAACGUUACAAUCUCAAACGUUACAAUAGAAUCUGGAACUUGUGUUGCAUGAUGAGCAUGACAGACUCGCACAGCGUUCCACCUUUUGCAAUACAAAUUUCGCCAGACUGUAGGGGGGUUUGGGGCUCCAGAACUUGUCAUGUGCAAUCCUAUAAGAGUUGGCUAGGUCAUGCACUCUUGCAUCACAGAUUUCCAUAUUCUAUUGCACCGUUUGAGAUUGUAACACAUGAGCUGGUUAUAAACCCCGGCCGAGGCGCUGCUGGGCCUCAUUCAUCUGUAUCAAGUGCAAAUAUCCCUUGAUGUCUGGAAGAAUGCAACUUGUCAUGCUGCAUUUGGAUUCCAAAAAAAUCUGUAUUGCACGAACAGCAAAAGGAGUCUAAUUGCUGCUGCGCGGUAGCAGAGGUAUUUGUCAUGCGGAAUAAGCAUCAAGAAGCCCUCAAAAAAUCUUUGAUGCUAGGGCAUGCAUUACAGACAUCAUGGCUGAUGAAAAACAUGCAUGACAAGUCUCAGAAUCUUCCAGACAUCCAGGUAUAUUUGCAUUCGAUAAUCUCUGGGUAAAAACAACAUGACCACGACGUUCAUUGAGCAAUUUUCCGCCGGCUUCCCCGACUGUCCGAUCAAGACCGAUUUGACGCUAUUGGAAGGAAAACUCCCCCCUCCCCAUAUCGAACAAAAGAAAACUUGUGAUGCUAAUUUGUGCUGACCACAAGGACACGUCAGCUUUGUCAUCCGUACAAGGCAAACGGCACCCAUGUGGCGCAUUGUACAGCGAGGCUGUCGUGCGUUUUCGCCUAUGUCAGACUUGUUGUCGUUUCUCAUGCUCAGCUGCUAGCAGGAUGCGUAACCAGAUCGGCUUAGAAUAUGCCGACAAGCUCUUGCUGCAGUACAAAGCUCAUUUGUGUACACAAAUCCAGCAACGCAGAGCGUCUUUUGGAUAUGGGAUUGGGGCUUUUUUCACUUUGAUAGACGCAGUCCGGCAUGGUGGUGAUCGACGAUGGGGAGUUUUAUAUCGCAAGAAAAAACUGUUUCACUGUGAACUUGUGAUGCAGAAAAUGGAACGCAGAACUAUUUGUCUUGCUACACCUGCAAGACAUUGGAUUUUGGAGCGUGUUUUCCCUUGGGAAACGCGCAUGGCAGAUUUUCUGUGUAAUGUGUAACAAACUUGUAAUGCGAUUCAUGCAAAAUCAUCACAGUGAAACAGUUUUUUUGUGGGAUAUUUUACCUGCAGCUGAGAACGGACGUGACGGACCCGGAGCUGACGAUUCUGGAGACGCUGUCCCUGAUCAACAUGCAGAUCUUCCCGAGCUUCAUUGUGGAGCAAGCCAUGCCGGGCGGGCUUUUUGCGUCGUACUCCGUGCUGCCGGGCUGUUGCGAGGAGGAGGAGAGGCGACGGAGUACGAGAAGGUAGAAAACUUCAUACGUAUGAAGUAGACGGGCGCAUGUUGUUGGCUUUGAGCGGUUUUUCUCUACUAACCGCGGUAGGUUGCUGAGGCUGAAUCGGUGUAUAGUAGUUGGGGACCACGCGUGAUGUUCUCUGUUCACGACAGCACGAAGAUAUUCCGCAAGGUGCGCAAGAUGUUGAAUACCAUCAUACAGAAUCAGAAUGUUCUUCGAAUGUCUUCGCAGCUGCACUUUUCUUUCGCUAGUUGUAGCCUUCGUUCAUCUUCGCGGCACGCAUCUGCGCUGUUCUGUAGUUGCAGGGUAAGAAUCUUACCGUUUGCGUUUGCGUUCUCUGUCG